GUUUUACUUCAGAUUUUUGGAAUUUUUCUUGUAGAAACAUUUUCGUUUUUGAAGAGGUGGGACACUGUUCUGGUCGGAGAACGCAUUGGCUAUCGAUGUAUGUGUCGUAUUGUCGUUCGAUAAGUUAUUUUGAAAAUGUGGCGUAGUGAUGUUUUGGGCAUGUGACAAUAAUAAUUUGCUGCUGUGAAGUAGUUAUAAGCCUUUACAAAGUUUCAGUGCUGCGUUUUUAUUCAGAAAAAUUGAAUGGUUUAUUCAAGAAAGAUUUGGCCUAUUUCACUGGAGUAGAGGUGUCUUAGGUAAUUGAGUCCUACAUUGAACUGAACUGAACCCUGAUUACCUGCGAAGAUGUGUCUGGAGAUGCCCGGGACAGCAGUGGAUAUGAACCUGACUGCCAGCCGCCAUCUGGCCCAACAACCUGGAGUGGUUGUCUUGGGUGCCAUUUCAUUUCAUAGCAGGAUUAUGGCACCCUUACAGCACAGUGGAAAAUAAAAUUGAGUUGGUGACAAAAUUUAAGGGCAUGCUUCAAGAAGGACUAAGACCUGGACGAACAUUGAGAAAAUGCAAGAAAUAUGAAUGACUGCUCUGAUCAGCUGCUGUUCUUUUGCCAUUCUUGAACAAAAGGCAAAAUAGCAACAGUGGUCCAGAAGACUAUAAAACCCCGCUGGAACAAUCAAUUAGGUGUACUGCCAGUAUUUUAAAAUCUUCAGAGGAACCUUCAGAGUUAUUAAACAUUGAUGAAGGUACAGGAAUCAGCCACAACCACCACAAGUACUUGUCGACAGUCUUCAGUGUCAUCAGUGCUCAGGGAAAAAAAUGAAGGCAAGAAGUUGUUACAGUUUUUUUUUAAAAAGAAAAAACCAAUAAAGUAGUUGACGAGGACAUGGAUUUUAUACUAUCUUUAGUGCCUUCAUUACAAAGGCUGAAUCAAGAAGAAAAAUUGAAAUAAGAAUUAAAUUCCUGCAGGCAGUUGCUGAUGCAGAACGAUCAAGUGGAUCUCGGUCAUCAGUCGCAGAAGAGAUAUAGUUGAGGUCCACUUGUUUGAAUCAGAAUAAGAGAUGGAAUCCAAAAUUUUCGGGACUGGUGCUGCCAUCUGGAAAGUAGGAGUAGUAGAUCUUCGCACCGCUAGGUGGCGAGAGUUGCAUAUCUGAUGAGUCAGUGUGCGGAGUGGAAUUCAACUGGGAGGACGUGUUACGUAUCCACAGUGAUUUCCAUGAUACUCUGUGUUUGGUGUUUGGUGAUUUUAGAUUUUACGAUGGAUCCGCGAUCAGAGCAGCAUGUGUGUAUCAAAUUCUGUGCGAAUCUCUGGAAAAGUGCUACAGAGACCCUUGCAAUGAUUCAACAAAUGUUUGGCAGGCAGAGCAUUAACUGUACGCCAGUGUUUGAGUAGCAUGCUUGGUUCAGGGCCGGCCGUACGGACGUUGAAGACUGGAAGGCCCAUUAGCUGGACAACACCAUACAUUGUUGCCAAACUUCAACAACUGGUUAAUGCUGAUUGACGUCGAACCAUUUAAGACCUUGCGGGUGAAGUGGGUAUUGGUUGUGGGACAUGUCAACUAAUGUUGACUGAUGAAUUGGGCAUGCAUCGUGUCACCGCAAAAUUUGUGCCGAGGAUCUUGACUGCCGAUCAGAGGGCAGAGCGUGUUGAAGUGUGCACGGACCUUCGUCAGACCGCAUCUGAUGAUCCAAUCUUCUUGUCACGUGUUCUCACUGGCAACGAAAGCUGGAUUUACGAUUAUGACCCAGAGACAAAUCAAUAAUCAUCUCAGUUGAAGAGUCUGGGCUCUUGAAGACCCAAACAAGUGAGAAGGUGAAGAGCAAAGUGAAGAAUGAUCAUCGUUUUCUUUGAUACCAAGGGAAUUGUGCACAAAGAAUUUGUCCCACCCAACCAAACAGUGAAUUCCGCAUACUACGGCAAUGUUUUGUGAUGGCUCCGUGAGAACGUGGGGCGACAACGGCCUGAACUUUGGUGUCAAGGGAACUGGCUGCUGUAUCACGACAACGUGCCCUGUCACACUUCCUUGCUCACCAGGUCCUUUUUCACAAAAACAACAUCGUGGUUGUACCUCACCCACCGUAAUCUCCCGAUUUGGCAACUUGCGACUUCGCGCUAUUCCCAAAACUGAAACUCAAGUUGAGAGAGUGUCAUUCCAUGUCAGAUCAACACACUUUAAAUAAAUAAAUUUCCCCACCCGCUUAGAUUUUGCUGAAAGUUGGUAUACUUAUAGUGGGUGCUGAAACUAAGAAAAAACCAAAUUUCAAUUUUUUACCUCAGACCAUUCCUGAAAUAUGGUGAUGUAAACUUUUCAAAAACUGGCCAAAAACGCGUGUCAGACAUUUUUUAAAAAAAAUUUCCCUAGGAGCUGCCCUAAUUGAGCUCGAGAACUGGGAAAGGUGUGACUUUGCAGCAUUUUUCAUGCUCUUUCCAGUGAUAGGCAAAAAAACAUAGCUUAUAAUUAAUAACCUUUUUCAAAAUGGUAAUUAAUAUUUUGAUUUCAUUUUUUACAAAAAGUACAUAAUUGAAAAUUUUCAAAAUAUUUCCAUAACUACUUCAUACUAUUGUAAAUAACAUGGCAAAAUAUAAAUGAGGGAUGAGGAUGGGUUCAUUGUUAAAAAAAAUUAUUCUGGACUCCUGUUUUUCACUAACAGCCCUAAGGUAGUCUGUCAGUAGAGGACCGUAUACAUAGUGCUUGAUGUCUGUACAAUAAUUCAGAGACUGGAGCCAUUGUUGAGAUGAUGUAGUCUGCAUUGUUACCUUCUAAGGCUUGGUGUGCCUACAGCAUUAUUGUGCACUGUGGUUUUAGUGCAAAUGAAUUGUUGCCUCUGUGUUGACCAGUCUGUAUCUAUUAUAUUUAAUAGUUCAUUUUCAAGUAAAUCUAUACAUUGAAGAACAGUUUAUAAGUGGUUUUUGUAUAAAUAUGGAACCAAGUAAAAAGUGCAGUGUUGUAAUCCAUUGAAGAAGUCAAAUCAUUUUAUUAGACACAGAAAAAAAACUGAGAAAUGUCUCAACAUGGAUGCCCAAAUUAUUUCCUCAAAUACCAAGUGGUGCCAAGAUUUGUGAUAAAUGUAGGAAAGAUGCAACCAAAUUGAAAAAUACACCAGAGCCCAUCAGUGAUGAAAGUGUUGAUGAAGAAUCUUCUGGAUCAGAGAUAAUCAUUGAAGACCCUGACUUCACUCCAACUUCAAGAACUAGGUGAGUCCCCAAUUGACAAGAGAAAACUAACAUCUGGGCAUUACGCCAAAUCAAAAGUGAAGAAAAUCUCAUCAAUGACAUGGAAACUUUUUGUUGCUCCUGAAACUUCUUCGUCAGAUACUGAUACUAAUGAAUCCGUUCUUGAAAAUCUUAGAAGAAACUUUAAAAAUUGUAUAACUAGAGCAAAAAAACUAAUGAUUCUUACAAGUUUACCUGAAAAGUGGAGAGUCAGGAAAAUAAUGGAGCAAUUUAAUGCUCCUAAUUACAUUGUUUGGCAGUCCAAAAACAUUUUUAUAGAGAGAGGAUUCAUGGAAGGUCCAAACCCAAAACCAGGGAAGUGUUUACCAACAGAAACUGUCCAAACUGUACAUUCAUUUUAUGAAAAUGAUGAAGUUAGCAAUGCCAGGUAUAAAAGAUUGUGUGACAAUUACAGAAAAAAAGUGGAAAUAAAACAAAAAUAUCAAAAAGACUUAUUUUGUGUAAACUUAAAGAAGCUUACAAGCAUUUUAAAGACAAGUUUUCUAACAUAAAAAUAGGUUUCUCUAUAUUUGCUGAGUUGAGACCCAAACAUAGUCUAUUAGCUAGCCGGAGUGGCACACACACUAUCUGCGUGUGCACAACUCACCAAAACUUAAAAUUAAUGAUAGAAAAUUCCAAACUAAAUACAGUAACAAACAGCAGCUUAAACAAUUAUAAGCAGUGCAUUGAAAAAAAUGCUUUGCAACCCAUCAUCAGUUGAUUGCAAUUUGGAAAACUAUGAAUACUGCCUAGGAGAAACUGUCAUAUGUAAAAUUUUAAGUCUCUUUUCAUGAAAACUUAAUAGAACAAGUUCAGUUCCGACAGUGGAUGUCAGUUGACCGAUGUAAUCUGGAAAUUGUUCAGAAAACUUCUGAAGAAUUCAUAGAUUUAUUUUGUAGUAAGAUGUCGACUUUGAUUCGGCAUGACUUCAUUGCCAAGCAACAACAAACAUUCCUUAACUCCACAAGAGAAAACCUUAUGUAAUCUUAAUUUGUUGUCAUGUGUGAUUUUUUUUUUCAGAAAAUUAUAGUAUAGUUCUUCAGGAUGAAGCUCAGAGUUGCCAUUAGACAAGACAACAGAUUACCAUUCAUCCUUUUGUUAUAUAUUACAAACUGGAAGACAAAAUUGAGCAUAUGAGCUUUGUCAUUGUUUCUGAUUGCCUGGAGCACAAUACAACUGUGGUUUACACCUUUCAAAAGCAGAUAAUUUAAUAUCUAACAAAUAAAUUUCAAAAGAUUCCAAAAAAGAUAUACUAUUAUUCUGACGGUUCUGCUGCUCAGUAUAAAAAUAAGAAAAACUUCCUGAUCCUUUGCCUUCAUGAGGAAGACUUCAACAUAAAAGCUGAGUGGCACUUUCCAGCCACAGCACAUGGGAAAGGGCCUUGUGAUGGAGUAGGGGGUUCAGUAAAGAGACUGGCAGCUCGUGCAAGUUUGCAAAGGCCCAUACCAAAAUCAGAUCCAAACCGCACGAGAUCUAUUUGAGUGGGCAGUAGAUAAUAUCACAAAUGUUGAUUUUGCAUAUUCCACUCAAGAAGACUACGCUGCUUCAGAAAUAUUCUUAAAAAGCCAACUUGAAGAGGCAUUGACAAUCAAAGGAACAAAGCAAUUUCACGCUUUCAUUCCCAACACUAUAACAAAAUUAAUAGUCAAAUACUUCUCAGGUGAUAUGUAGAGUUGGGAGAGUGAAAUAACUACAUUACCAGACAAACUGAAGUUAAAAGAUGUAUCAGGCCAUGUCACCACUGUAUAUGGCAGAAACUGGUGGCUUGGGUACAUUUUAGAAAAAAAUGAAGAACUUGAUGAAGUGAAAAUAACUUUUCUUCAUCCAUGUGGACCAGUUAAGUAAUUCUCUUAUCCUGCACAUGCAUAUGUCGUGUGGGUGUCAGUUGCGGAUUUUCUCAGGAAAGUGAAUCCAUUUACUCCGACAGGGAGAACAUUCAUUCUUAAUGAAAGUGAUGUAAACCAAACCCAGUCAGCUUUAUUAAAAUGUAAUAUUUGAAGUUCCAAGACAAUUUAUCUAGAAAAUGCUUUCAACUCAAAACUUAAUUUUUGUCUCAGGUUAGUGUUAAUGUAUAUUUUAUAGAAAGUUGUUUCAAAAUUAUUGUUAGUACCUAUUGUGUUAAAUUUAGCUUCAUACAGAUACGUGUUACUCAAAAACAAGCAUUACGUAUUUAAUUUGUUUAAUAGUUCCAUUUCAAACAUCAUGGACCAGAACUGUUAUGUAAAUACUUGUACUUUAUUUCAGUUUGUAGUUAAAUGCUCAAUUUCUUGUUUUUGUUAUAUCGGUUAAUAUACUGUUAGUGAAUUUGUAUGAAAUUAAAAUAAGCAAUAACUUAAUUAUAAAAUAUGCUGAUUAGUUUUGGUGUAAUAAGGUGAUGUUUGAUAUUUCUAAUACUUUAUUUACUUACCUUUCAGUAUAUUUUAAAGAAAUUCCUGUUUGUUAAAGGUCAAUUUGGUCAAACUAGGGCCGUUACUGUAAAACAAGAGUCCGGAAUAACUUUUUUAACAAUGAACCCAUCAUCACCCCAGAUUUAUAUUUUGCCAUGUGAUAUACAAUAGUAUGAAGUAGUUACGGAAAUAUUUUGAAAAUUUUCAGUUAUGUGCUUUUGUAAAAAAAAUAUAAUUAAAUCAAAAUAUUAAUUAGUAUUUUGAAAAAGGUUAUUAAUUAGAAGCUAUGUUUUGUUGUACAUCCCUGGAAAGACCAUGCAAAAUGACACCUUUCCCAGUUCUCUAGCUCAAUUAGGGCAGCUCCUAGGACAAUUUUUAAAAAGUCCGUUCACACAUUUUUGGCUGGUUUUUGAAAAGUUUACAUAGCCAUAUUUCAGGAAUGGUUUGAGAUAAAAAUUGAAAUUUGGUAUUUUUCUUAGUCUCAGUGCCCACUAUAAGUAUACCAACUUUCAGCAAAAUCUAAGAGGGUGAGGUAAAAUAGGUGUGUUGAUUUGACUUGGAAUGACUAAAGACCAUCGGUUCAACACUCUAAAGGGAAUUCGAGAAGCAUCGCUGGCGGUAAUAAACACCCUCAAAGAACAGAACUUCAGAAAAUGUUUGACCAAUGGCAUAAGUGCUGGGUCCAGUGUGUACAUACAAAUGGGAACUACUUUGAGGGUGAUGGUGACCAAUAGUCCAAAGGAUUUGGCUCAGUAGUGUUCAGGACCAGUAACUUCUGCAGUUCGUCACAAUGAGUUACGAGGAAACAACAGGAGAUUUAAAUACAUCAGUUGGUGAAUUGGCCAACUUGAUGAAUGAUACUUUCACAUGCUGCAUGAGGAACUAUGAAGCUUUAUUGCCUUACUUUGAGAAAAAUGAUACAACACCUAAAAUAUAUCGUAGAUUAGUGCAUGUUAAUAUAUUGUUGAACAAGUUAAAUGAAGAACUUGUAGGACUGAGAGUUGACUAUUUAACUCUGUCAUCAUAUGAACAAAAAGGGGAGCCUGUUCUGUCUGAGGGAACUAGGAAGAGAAGAGGCUCUGAGGUAAGCAGAAGCGGAGCCAAAAGUAUAAAGACGGAAAUACCAGUUUCCAGUAAUACUGAGUUUUCAGUUACAUUAUUUUCAGAGACUGGAAUCAGUAAGCACUCAGGGAAUUUUGUAUCAGUGGAUACUGAAGGAACAAAACACACAAACGUACAGAAGUCAGAUGUGCACUGUGCCAAAAAUAUAAAAUCAGAAGUACAUGACUCAGAUGAAGUUGUAGAUUUAGUUGAAUUCACUGCAGGUAGUAGUUACACUCCAACAGUUCAGACAGCAUGUGAUACUAUAAAUAAUGGGAUGACAGUACAUAUUGCUGGUGAUGAGAAAAAUGCAUGUGUGUUAGGUAGACUUGUGGGAGGUAAUGCAUGUGCUAAACCUGCUGACAAAAUUACUCAGAAUAAAAGUAAUGAAGAGUGUGUUCGAUUGCAAAAUGUCAACAGUGAGACUAGAAAGCAAAAGGAAUGUGAAUCCGGUGGUGGUGGUGAUAGUAAAGAUUACGACAUUCACAGAGGACUACAAGGAGAAGUUAGUUGUAAAACUUCUGUGUCUUGCCAAGCAGAGACACCAUUUGAUGAUAAAAAAUCUCCUGUUGCUUUCACUACUUCUGAUACGGAAUCUGCUAUGUUGGUAAAAGAGAGAAAAAUCAGUUGUAACAAGGGGGAGAAAGGAGCUCCUCAUUCUCCUAGGAGAGACGAAAGAGCUGAUAUACCUGUUCAGAGAGGAGAGGAACUGUGUGAUAGAGAACUUGAUCAAUAUGGUGUCAUAAGGCACAAGAAAGGGCAAUUUAAGUGUACAGUAUGUGACUGUAUACUUUGUACUAAAUACGCAGUGUAUGAUCAUUUGAAAGGAAAGAAGCAUAAAAAGAAACUAGUAACUGCAAAGAACAGUUCUGCUAAAGGGCCUGGAAUUUUUCAAAGCAGCUUUGAAAGUACCAGUACUGCUUCCGUUUCAGUGUGUUCUGCAGUUGCCUGCUCACGUACUGAUUUUGUUCCAAGUAAUAGCUGUGAAAGUACAGCAUCUAUUCCUGUGUGUUCUGCUGUUUCCUGCUCACUUUUGAAUACUGUUCCAAAUAACGGUUGUGAAAGCAUAGAAUCUGUUUCUGUGUAUUCUGAUGUUUCCUGCUCACUUGCUGACACUACUACUAUUGUAGAGAACACACACCAGAUAAUAUCAACAAAACAUGCAGUCAGAUUAGAUGAUAUAUGGACAUAUUUUCAUGCACCAUUUCACAUUAACAAAAAAUUCUUCAGGAUUCAUUCUGGAAAAGUAGUUUGCUCCCUUUGUAAUGAAAAGAUAGAGAGAGACUUACUCGGUGUAAAGACACACAUUUCUAAAUUAAGUCACCUAAAUCGGAUAACUGUAUUACAAAACAUAGAACUGGCAAAUAAGUCCUCAAGUAAACAGAUGUUGAAUAUACCAGGUAUUCUAAACAAUAUUAUUCCUAGAACUCAGUUUAGUUUGACAGACAAUGGUUUUUUUUGUAGUGUUUGCAAAUGUUUCUGCGAAAAUACAAUUGUAUUAAGUCAUAUGACAGGUGCAAGUCAUGGCGAAAAGCUAGAGGAAAUGAGAAAAUCAAUGGAAAGCAAAAUGGAAGCAACUCGGGCAAGAAAAAAAAGGAAGAGAGGAUUACAUCACUUAAGAGCUAUACAGAACUGUCACCAGCAGGCACGUGUUUAAAGGGACACCAUGUGGUAAACUGAAACGAAAAUUAGCAAUGUGAUGAGUGUUUAAGAUUAAGUGAAAACAUCAAAGUGAAAUAGGGAAAAAGUAAACGGAAUAAAUAGCUAUUUAACGAAGAAUGGUGGACUGGUAUAAAGUUUUCAAAUAGGUUGCUUUGGCAGGAGCAAUUUUGAACUUGUUGGGAGGUCUUGACAGUUCAUUUUGGGUUUAUGUACGGAGUUUUAUGUGCUUUUUCCUUACAUAAUAUUUAUUUACCUGUUCCCACACACUUUUAAAGUAAAUAUUAUUUUUUGUUGUUAUCAUAUGUAAGAUUCUGUUUUAAAGCUGAAUUCAUCAUUCAUUCCGUUGUAGUAAUAUUUUCUCUUUCUUAUACAUUUACAUGCCAGCUGUUUACUCAUAUGUCUUGUACAUAUAAUUCUGUUGUUAUCCAUUCAAAAUUUCGCAAUGAGAAAACCAGCUACUUUAGAAAAGAAUGCUCUGGUUCUCUCACACUACUCAAUGCCAUUUUUAUAUAUUACUGAAAAUAAACCAUUUACUUUAGAUAGCCA